AUGCUUGGACCAGAGGGCAAACAGCUCCAGGACCAAAGGACGUACAAGGGCCAAGCAGGAGCGCCCGGGCUGGCGCUGAAGCUCUUGGACCUCGCGCCUCAGGUGGUGGAGGCAGGGGGCCAGGGCGAGGCCCCUUGCCUCGAGGAGCUUCAUGGCUUGGGCAAGGCCCUGGUCUUCGAGCUUCCUGAGGCCUUGCUGCAGCAGGUGAUCCCGCCCCUGCCCCAAGCUGUGCCGUGCCUGAGGCGCACCGUCACCCACCUUCCGGCGUUGCAGCUUCGGGACUGGGAGUCGCGACACGCGUCCUCGGGUCCUCGGGAUCGUCGCCGGCCGCCCGCAGCCACCAAAAUCGGCCGCGAGAUGCUUCUUUGGUCGCACACCGCGCAUCUCGCAUCACUCUCGGAGAACUCGGGCGCGAUCCGGAGCGCCAUGUUCAACUACGAGGUUGUGGCGCCGGCGGACCUCGGCGGCGCGCUGGUGCGCGAGGGCAAGAGCCUGAGCUCACAACAGCUCGCGCGGCUGGGCAUAGGUGCGGUGGUCUCUGAGCUGGAGCGCGCGGGCGAGCGGCUUCGCUUCAAGAAGGUCGCAGGCUGCGGCCCUGAGACUGGCUGGGUCAGCUGCAGGCUGCUGGAGAAGUGCGAAGCCAGCAAGGCGGCUCCUACCCGGUACCAGGGCCAGAGCCUCCUGGCGCAAGCGGAGACCCACGUCCUCGAGAAAGGCGCUCCGGCAGCUUUGAAAGCGGCGGGCAAGGACGGCGCCGGGCGACUGACUGCCUCCCUGGCCCAUUUGGCACAAGGCGAGACAGAGGCGGCGGCCCAGUGCGCGGAGGAGGCCAUGACGGUGCUCAAGGGGAACAAGGACGGAGAAGCCUCCGCCUCCCUGGCCCUGGCGCUGAGCGCGGAGCCGAAGACGGGCCUCGGCCAUGCCAUGACUGCGCUCUCCAGCUUCAAGGAGCUUGGGGACAAGCAGAUGGAGGCGUCCACGCUGACGGCCCUGGCAAACAUUCGGCUGGCUCUGGGCGAGCUCACCGUAGCGGAGGCGUCCCUCAGGGACGCCUUGCGCAUCUUCCGCGAGAUCAAGGAUGUGGAGGGGGAGCAAGCAGCAGUGGCCACACUCCUGGAGGUUGCCUCCGCGCGGGAGGGUGCGGAAAAAGCGCCCGCUGCGGUCUGCAAGGAACGAGCCGCCUACUACAAGAGCAAAGGGGACAAGCUCGGGGAGGGCCAGGCGCUGAGAAGUCUGGCGGAGCAGCUGCUGGGCGUCCAGGAGGCAGCUAGCCUCGCCUCAGAGGCUUUGAGCCUCUUGCAGGAGGCUGGCGACAAGAAAGGUCAGGCGGCUGCUCUGCAGACAGUGGCGCUGGCGCAACACGACUGGGCGAAGGCGGAGGAGGCGCUGAAAAUUAGCGAGUCCUUGGGCGAUGAGGCCAGCCAGGUGGACCAGCUGCUGACUUUGAGCUCUUUGCUCGGCGAGCCGGAGCUGGCGCGCGCCAAGGCGGCGCAGGCGCGGCAGCUGGCGAAGAAGCUGUCGGACCUGCCUGGCCAAGGCCGCGCCGGCCACGCGGAGGCGGCGGCGGCGCUGAAGCUGGGCCGGCAGGAGGAGGCUUUGGCCCUGGCCAAGGAAGCCGCGGAGAUGUUGAGCGGCGCAGCUCAGGGUAUGGCCCUUCGCACCGCGGCCUGUGCUGCCGAGCCGCAGGAGGCCUGCGAGUUGCUUCAGAAGGCCGUGCCGCUGUUCAAGGGCAACGCCGGCGCAGAGGCCUCGGCCAAGCUGCAGCUGGCCGCGUCGCUGCUGGCCUUUGAAGGGCCGCUGCUGGAGGUGUUCCAGCGCCGACAGGAGGCCAUGGGCAUGGCGGAGCAGGCGCGCGUGGCCUUCCUGCUGCUCGGGGACGCCAGGAGCCAGGGCCGUGCUUCCCACGUGGCGGCGCAGAGCAAGAUCCUGAUGAACGACCUCGAUGGUGGCAUUGAAGCUGCUAUGCAGGCUGCGGUGCUUGCUCGGAGCUGCAAAGACAAGCGCCUGGAGGCCGCUGCAAUGCGCACCGCGCUGGCGGGCCAGGUCUCCAAGGGUUGCACCGCCGAGGCCCUGCGCAUGGCAAAGGACGUGAAGAUCUUGUUCCACAAGCUGGGGGACCGAUGCAAGGAGGAGGCCCUGGAUGCGCUGGUCUUGCAGAUUGAGGAGACGCUGCCGAAGAUCACGCCCAACCCGCGGCUCACCGUGGCGCAGCAGGACAGCAGCAUCAACCUCACGGCCAACUCCCUCUUCACCCAGUCGUCCAACUGCAUUGUUUGGUCUCUCCCUCUCCAGCGGCUGGACUACAUCAUGUACUGCUUGGAGCUGUUGAAGUUCGCGGACGACCUGAAGAACAUCCCGGACAAGGUCGCCUUCCUGGUGAUGACCAAGGGCGUCAUGGCGCGGCACACGGGGGAGAUGGUGCCCUCCCAGUUCACCGCGCCCUUGGCCACCACGGUGUGGGCCAUUUGCCGCACCAUCCGCUUGGAGUCCCCGAAGCUGCUGGUGUGCACUGUGGACUUGCCGUCCAGCAGCACGGUGCACGAGAUGACGGAUUGUAUCCGCGCCGCACAGGUCGACCCGGGUCCCCGGAACGAGAUCUCCUUCAUCGUCGACCGCAGGAAUCAGCUCGGCAAGCGGCCAUACUGAUGACCUGGCAACACGGCAUUUGCAAAAAAAGAGCUGCACGCUGGCCAAGACGAGACAGAGAGCAAACGGAUUCUCACCAGGA